AGAAAAUUAACAAGUGAGUUUUAGCUUUGCUUCUUGCACAGAAUUACAUUUUUUGUUCACUCUUCUUUGUGAUAUCUUCUCCACCAACUCAUGACUUUCUCUAUAUGUUAAUUAUGGCUGUUUGCAGAGAAAGAUGUAAUGUAAAAUCUGAAUUAUAUGGAGUGCAAACCACCCGAAUUAGUUGUUUUUCUUCGAGACAGCAAUCAUCAAGUUUUCAAGGACAUUUGUAUGGAUGGGGAAGAAUGUUCUGUGCAAAAUUGUGAGUUGAACCACCGUAAUAUUUAUUACAUGCUCAAGUAUGAACUGGACAAUAGUGCAGAAGUAGAGUACAACGUUUCUGAUUCCAAGCCUGAAUCGUAUGAGGGCAUUGUUAAGCAGUUUGACGACGACUCUAAGAAGCUAUUGAUGGAAUCUAAAGCUGCUACUGAGAUUGCUGAUGCCAUUUCCUUUAGCCAUGAUUUUCCAAAACGGCCGAGUUUGGACAGAGAGCUGGUUGAUCAAAAAGAGAAUCAGGAUAAAGAGAUGAAACCAGUCUCAAUGGCCUCUGAGUUCGUCUCCAAGGAAGCAUGUUGUGACAAAAAUAGUGUAGCAGAUUCAAUUUCUAGAGAAGGAUCAGUACCAAAUACAAAGGCAGAAAACAGCACAAGCAUUGAAUAUGGAACGCCAAGAAGUUUAGCAUCACUGUUUGCGAGUCAGAACACUGAAAAGCUUCCAGAUCAUGAAGACUCGAAUCUUGUAGCGGUCUCAGCAACGAAGCAAUGUCAUGAUAACAUCUCUGUUCGGUCGAGUAGCACCAACAGCACAAAAUCUUUUGCAUUUCCUGUACUAACCACAGAGUGGGCCGGCAGCCCUGCCAAGAUGGUGGAGGCUGAUAAGAGAGAUUUUAAAAGGCGAAAUUAUCACUGGAGAAUGUGCUUUGAUUUCUGCAAAUAAUAAAUUUCAGAGUUGAGCUGUAUAGCGGUU